AUGAAACAAGAGUGUCCUUCUGUCGAAGAGUAUUACAGAAGUAUAGAAUCCCGUAUUGGAUACCGGUUUAUACUUGGUAAUGCUCGCCAUUGCGGUUUGUGGAAGGACGGCACCCUAUGGCCUUUCCCUAUCAGCACAGCGCAGGCGGCUAUGCGAGAGAAGCUCUACGCUCGACUACGUCUUUCUUCGGGGUGUAGAGUCCUCGAUGCUGGAGCAGGGUCAGGAAGAGUAGCUGCAUUCAUGGCGGAGAGAGGAUUGCAUGUGCAGGCAAUCGACAUCAUCCCAGCGCACGUCGAGCAGGCAAAGAAGUUUGUGGAGGCGAGAAACGUGAAGGAUAAAGUGUCAGUUCAAGUUGGCGACUACCACAACCUCAAAGGACUGGAAAGCUCGUCGUUUGAUGGUAUCUAUACCAUGGAGACACUGGUGCACGCCGACGAUCCAGAGAAGGCGUUAAGAGAGUUUAGGCGUCUGCUAAGGCCAAACGGAGUCCUCGUGAUCCACGAAGCGGACUUCCACACCGAUGCUGUUGUUCUGGCCGACAUUCGACGACUCGCGCAUUGUCAAAGGACGCCCGCGGAAGGCGGCUACGAAACAUUACUCGCCGAAGCCGGAUUCCACGAUGUCGAAGUGCACGACCUUACGACAAUGGUACUACCAUUAUGGAGGUUCUUUGGCAUACUUGGCGCGAUUCCAUAUGCUUUCAUGAGGCUGUUAGGAGUGCAACAUCACUUCGUGAACACAAUGGCAGGGGUCGAAGCGUAUCGACAUUGGGGAAAUGGUCGGUAUGUUUCUAUCCGAGCUGUGAAGCGUGCCUAG